AUGCCUAUACUAGAUGAAGAACCAGCGGAGGAGGAGAGCACCCCGCCCACGCCACCCACCGCCCCCACCACCGCCACGCCCGCAGCAGACGCCCUCACCCUGGCCGUCCCUUCCUCCGCUUGUGACGCGCCCGUGACUGCCCUGCGACGCUACCUUGACAGUAUGCCACAACACCCGUCACCGAGGAAGGAGGUAUCCAGCGGUGCAGUAUGGGUAGCAAUAAGAGCAGAGGUCAUUGCUACAUUCCUGAUGACAAUUACCACCUCCUGCGUCGCCUUGGCCCCGCCGCGCCGACAGCUCCUUGCACCUUGCGCCCAGCCAGUGGGCGUACUUUCAGAGACGCGGCAGGAGAGUGGAUGGGCGUGGGCAAUGGGACACGGCCUGGUGAUGGGCGGACUGAGCUGGGCAGUGCGGGCGGCUCACUCUCCCCCCACCACCAUUGCUCUGCUUGUAACGAGGAAGGUGUCAAUGGUUCGCGCGGGACUCCAUCUGCUAGCUCAGGUGUGUGGGUGCCUCCUAGCUGCCCCUGUGCUGAUUGGACUCAUCCCCGGGUACCCUAGACUCCCCCAGCUGACGCCUCAUAUAACGCCGGCGCAGGGAUGGGGAGCUGAAUUUCUGUCUACUGUUUUGGUUACACUGGUCUCGCUCUCAGCCUACCAGACCUCUGCUGCCAAGACCACGCCCCUUUUUGACACCUCAGCCGCCCUGCCUAUCACCACCGCCAACAUCGCUGCGGCCCUCUUCUGCGCUGACUACACGGGGGUGGGACUCAACCCAGCACGGUCCCUCACUCUGGCUGUCGUCACUGGGGCUUGGAGAAACCACUGGGUGUACUGGGUGGGACCUACCCUUGGCGGCGUUCUGGCAGCUUUCACCCACGAAUACACCUCCGCCAAGGUUCCCGGGGGCGCGCAGGACCCCCCUCAGGACCCCCACCUCUCCAGGGAUACCUCCAAGCCAUCAGCUCUCACCUCUUCCCUCGCCUCCCCGUGUUAAGGCUUCCCCCCCACGGGCACGCCAUGCACAUCCUACCCCUCUGCUGUCUCGACGCACACUGAUUCACGUAGUCUUGGUGAUUGGUGACUAGUGAAUCGUUCUUUUAAGCGUUUUGAUUUAUGCAUUCAUGUUUAGCUUAGUUCUUAUUCAUUUUUUUUUUUUUUUUAGAUUUAUUUAUUUUUUUUAUAUGUUAACAUGCUACAACUGUUUAAUUUUAGGCAUUAGUUAAGAAAUUAAUUAUGGAUUCUAUUUAUUUAUUCCUCAUCUUUUAACAUUUUCCCUCCGUAUUUCAACCUCAAUUCAUUUUCAUUACUUUUCCCUAUAUAGCAAUCAUCCCAUCUUUAUUAUUUAACGUUCAAGCAAAUUUGGGGACUUUUUUUUUUCCAAAUAUUGUCCUCUUCAUCGUACCAUCAAGCGUCAAUUGUUGUACCUUUAGCACACGAUACCUCUCACUUUCACUUCCAUGUUUUUUUUCCUCCUAGUAUUAAUGACUAGUUCUUUGACAUAAUUUUAGCAUUUACUAGAGGUUAUUAUCCCCUUAACCUUAAACCCAGUACCUGCCUACGUCCUUGAGAGAGAGAGAGAGAGAGAGAGAGAGAGAGAGAGAGAGAGAGAGAGAGAGAGAGAGAGAGUAUACCCAUCAAUCAUCCCUAAUACAUCUCCCCCAAUAGCAAUACACACCCAUACAACCCCUAUAGUAAUACACACCCAUAGAACUCCCCAUAGAAACCCAAACACCCGUAGAAAAUCACCCAUAUACAAUUUAAACCUAUGCACUUCCCAUUCAAAACGCAUAUAAACAUCAUACACAGUCUCAAAUUAUCGUACACUAAUACACCCCCUCCAUACACUACCAUACAGCACUCAUACACUCCCUAUACAUUGCAUACAACACCUGUAUACCUUCCCACAUAUAAAAUGCACCCAUACAUUGCUAUACAAACCCCCCAUGACCUCUCAACAGACUGAAUACAAAUAUAUUAUACAAUAACUGAUAGUCCCCCAUAGAGCAGUUGUAUAACCCCCCAUACACCUUCCCAUACAUUAUAAAAUAUGCGUAAUGAACUUACUACCCCCCCAUAGCUCACCCAUACACCCCCCCACUCAUAGAUAUCCCUGUAUUCGUAUAUUAUCAUACAUUCCCAGUCUCAUCUUGUUUACAAUCUCUAUACAGCACACAUAGAUUACCCAUAAUCCCUUAGGUCACCCAUACAACCCCCUAAGGAAAACAGAGGACCAUAAUAGAUUAGGUUAAGUGAUUGCCAAGUCCCGUCCCCUUCUGUCCGUCUGUCUGUCUGUCUGUCUGUCCACCCAUCUCUACGUCCAUUAUUGCACACACACAUAACUAUCAUACAAACAUGUGGUAUUAUUGUACACACACACACACACACACAUACACUCAGCUAUCAUACAAACAUGUGGUAUUAUUGUACACAUAUACAGUUAUCAUACAGGCAUACGCUAUUACUGUACACACACACACACACAAGCAUGCACUCAUAAUUAUCAUACAGACGCACACUAUUAUCGUACAUACUCAUACACGAAAAAAAGUGUUUAAGAAAAAUCUAAGAGUAUUUUAUUAGGAAUCACAGUAUUAUUAUAAAUUACUAAUGGAAUGUUUACUAUUAAAGAUUAUAUUAUUGUUUUUUUGUUGAUUAUGUGUCUUGUCUGUUAAGAAUACACACACACACACACACACAGUAAUUGUUAUAUGUAUGUUAAACGUCUUGAAGCGCGCACACACACACAUACAUACAUACAUACACACACACUUGCACGUCACUGUAUAUAAAACAAAAUUAAUAUAAAAAAUACAUAAAUAAAAAAAAAAUUGAAAAGUAUACAAAUAUUGAUCUGACAGACUCACACAUCAGUAUUAAUGUCGGCAAAUAAGACAUGAAAAAACAAACAAAAUGAACGAAAUAAGAUUAAUAAAAAUAUCUAUUGAGAAAAAGUAAAAA